AUAGACUUGACAGCUUCUGAUGUAGGCUGUUCAUUAGCAGCCCGAGGUUUGUUCACCACAAUUAAAUUAGAACAAUUAAAGAGAGCGGUGAAAAGAUCGAAUCAGUGAGGACGUUUGCCCUGGAGUGGCUAACCUCUUGAUGCCUCCACAUAAAUCGCAUGCGAGCGUGAGGAACUAUCCGAGCUCCUGUUUUAAUCAUGACAUUAAGUUUUUCGUCCUUCUCCAUCAAAGACAUACUCACCGGACGUGAUGACCGGGGGAAGCCCGGUAACAGGAGUACAGAGGAGCUCUGCGCACCGAAGCGCAACGUCUGCACCGCGCAGGAUGGCACCGGAGUUCCCGGUCUGUCUCAUCAAGACUCGUUGGAGAGCUGCAUCCAGUCGGAGAGACUUCCUGCUGAUCUCAGGCUGUCUUUUGGAAGCCGACGAUCUGAUACCUACAGCGAUGAGGCCACAGGAGAGGAAACAGAGCGCAGAGAAGACUCUGCAGACCUGCAAACACAUUGUAUGGAGCCUGAUAAACAGCGGGAAAAGGAGGCGGAGGCAGAGGAGGAGGGAUGUCAUCACAGCGGGGAGACGGUCAGCUGUUCAUCCGACGAGCAACAGCCCAGGCCCGGUACCAAGAAGCGCUCCAGGGCGGCCUUCUCUCACGCUCAGGUCUACGAGUUGGAGCGCCGCUUCAACGCGCAGCGGUAUCUCUCCGGUCCCGAGAGGGCCGAUCUGGCGGUGGCUCUGAAACUCACCGAGACCCAGGUUAAAAUCUGGUUCCAGAACCGGAGAUAUAAAACCAAACGGCGUCAGAUAGCGGCCGAGCUGGGGGCGUGCAGCUCACCAAAGACCGUGGCAGUCAAAGUGCUGGUGAGGGACAAUCAAAAGCAGUACCAUCAUACGAAUGGAGUACACAUCCCGCUGACUGUGCCACUGUACCAGGCCUACCAGUGCUAUCCCUACCUGCACUGCUACUGCCAGCCCUGGAGCAUGAGCAGCAUGUCGUGUAGAGGGAUGCUCUGAGUCUCUCUCUCUCUCUCUCUCUCUCUCUCUCUCUCUCUCUCUCUCUCUCUCUCUCUCUCUCUCUCUCAACUUUGGAGAAUGAAUGACCUCAAAAAGUGUCAAAUACAAGAUGUAGCUGUUAGCUCUCUGUUCUGUCGGUGGAUGGUGCACCACAAGAGACGUUUUUGCACGAAGAAUUCUUUCUUGACACAUUUCUAUAGUCAAAGCUUUCAAGCUGAUUGAGAUUGUACACUUCGCUUUUAAAAAAACAAACAAACAAAAAAAAAAAAAAAAAAAGAAAAGAAAAACUGAUUUUUUAAAUUAUGGUUAUUGUUUGUUACUUUGGCAUUUUUGUUCCCCUUUAGAGUAAGACAUGAUCGAUACUAGGCCUGCAUGGUUCAAAAAAUACAGAAAUAUCUCACCACGACUAUUAAAAUGUAGAGAUAUUAUUAUUAUGGACAUUAGUGUGAAGUCCACUGUCAGUUGAUUAUUCCUGUGUGAAGAAACCUUUAACAUUUGAGACAGAGAUUUGAGAGUCGUCAUUAUUCUGUGAUGAUUUACAACAAAAAAUAAUUAGAUUCAAUAAUAAUAAUAAUUCUUUUCUUUCUUUUUUUUUACUCAUCUGCUACGUAGUUGUCUCAUAAUCGUACCUUCUUAAUGUAAUACUUGGUCUGUGGGGAGUUUUGUUAAGGGGAGGGUAGUCUGACAGAACUGGGGGAGCUGGGUUUUUUUUUUUUUUCAUCACCUCAGAUAUAUAUUUUAGCAGUCCCUUGUGGGAUUAAUAAAAAGAAAAAGCUGUUACAAUUUUAAAUGUAAGAUUUAAUUCACUUCCCAUAUUGAUUUUUGUACAGUGCCUAAACAUCAUAAUACGUAGGGAAAAAAGGGGGGAAAACUGUAUGAAUGUGGCAUUCAAUGGAUAACCUAAAGAAUAUCCUGCACUUAACGAAAAUGUGUGCUUUGUAUUCAUUAGCACAUUUAAAUUAAAUUGGCCAGUUAAUACAAUAUACUUGAAAUAACCACAAUGAGUCUUAGAGGAUGAAGCUGUAUGUUAUUAAUUAUGUACAAAUUAUUUCAGUAUAAAUAUUUUGAAUCAGGUCACUGAAACAGCUCCCGCCUCAAGAGCCCAUACGACGAUCUAUAUGUUGCUUUUUCCUUUCCUGUCAGUGACGGUCCAUAAUUCGUGAUCACGCAGAGUAGAGAGGAAUCCUGAGCUUACACAAACAAAGUGAGAAAAGGUAGCUUUUCUCGACAGCUGAACAACAUGACCGAAACUCUGACAUUUAAGCAGGUAUUUAUUUAUUUAUUGGACAUUUUUAUUGAUCAUGACACUCUACUUAACAGCCUGGAGGAACACAUUUGUCACUUGAGGUACAUGGACCUUUAGUAGCCUUUUGGAGAGUAUACGGUGUCUGGGUUUGUUUUCUAUUCUACACAAUUUUAAAGCAACAGAUUAAGAAGCAGUUGGUCUGGGCAGUGUGAAAAUAUAACUUACUGCAUGCUCUUAAAAAAGUGCAUGUGUGUGGAAAGGGGACAUGUGAUACCCAUGCCUUGCAGACAACGGCAAACUGAUUUGAAGUUUUGGUAUUACACAAAACUUCUUAAAAGUUCCACUGACACAACCAAAUUAUAUUUAGAAGAUGGAUAUUUACUGUUGUUGUUAAAAAUGUGUGUUUUGUACGUGUGUUAGGAGUCCUGCAUAGGCCUCCUCUCUACUGUGCUCUGCAUGAGUCAUAGAGGGUCAAUAGACCGUGGAGAUGUUGCACCAUCCAGCCGGGCUGCACAAGACAGCACACAUUAAUCAUGCCUUCGUGAAGAGACUACACCCUCAUCCUAAAGUUAUAUACACAAUAGCCACACUUGUUAGGAGAAUAAAAACAUGAUUCUUAAA